AUGAAGAAGAAAGGCGGCAGAGUCUUAGUAACGCUGGAGUGCACCGAGGCCCGGGCCCUUGGCAUGCCCCCCUCGCGCUACGUAACUUCGAAGAAUAGGAGAACGACGCCGGAGCCCCUGGUCUUGAGAAAGUACAACAAAUAUCUACGUCGUCACACCAUUCAUAAAGAAAUCAAGUGA